UGCUGAUCCACUUGAACAUAUCCCAAACGCCCUCGGACGAGAGAAGCUGGACUGUCCUCGACGAAGAAGCUGUUGCCCUUCAUUUUCGACUUCUGUCACUUACGACUACAACUUGCAUUCUUAUCACCUGGGUUCAAGCCUUGACGGCUGAACAGUACAGUUCACCAGUUUCAAUAUGAACGACCCGGACGCGCCAAUUCCUACGACCUCGUUCUCUCGAGCAAAUACCCAUCUACGAAGAGUCAAAACUCUCACUCGACCCGAACGUCAAGAACCGCAGACACCAUUGGUUCAUGCCCCACUCCCUGAAUCCCGCUGGGAUGCUUGGAGAAUUUUCUGUCGAAUCGUCACGCUUUGGGCACCGAAUUGGAGCUUGAGUGCGUGUGGGCGGAUGAAGACACCUGCUGUUAGGCAAGCUUGGAGGGAGAAAGUCACAUUGUGUCUGUUGGCUGUGUUGAUGUGGGGUGUGGUUGGGUUUUAUACGGUCGGUAUGAGACCGUUGCUGUGUCCCGUCAACAACCGUGACGGAGCGCAAAAUUACAUCCAUUUUGAUGGAGCGGGGCAGACGCUCGGCAUCAAGGGGUGGCAAUUCAAUGUUUCCCAGGCGCUGAUCCCGGCGAGUGGACCCAAUUUCUAUACUCUCGCGAAUCAGCAUUCAGGACAGGAUAUCACGCCGUUCUUUAUUCAGAAUGCUCCAGAGAGUUGUGGGAACUUGACGGCGGCGGCGAGUAAUUUGACCAUGUGUUUUGAUGAUAACGGAUAUGGGGGGUGUCCGUUGUAUCGUCUCAGCAACUUCUCUCUCACAUACACUUACCAGUUGUACAACACUUCGAAGAAGGUUGGGUUUGAUUGGGAUCAGAUUCAGCUGCUUACCAACGCGGUGGUGCUGAACGGCAAAGUCCUCAACUUCGAUCCGUACAUGAACAUGUACCCCGACCCCCUCGAAAACGACCCCGUCGACGAGGCCAUCAGGAUGGUUCUACGCGCCGGGCGAGAGAAGGGCGGACGCGACGUUACACGACUCUUCUACUCCCACACCGCCCUCAAAAAGAACAUCGAGUGCUUGCAGGACAAGUACAUCGAAGGCUACAUCGAGAAAUCUCCAGGUUGUUUGGCGUCGGAUGUGGUGUUGUAUGUGACGCUCAUUGUGAUUUUAUUGUUGGUUCUGGCGAGGUUUUUCAUGGCAUGUAUCUUUUCGUGGUUUUUGAGUCAUCGGCUUGCGAGGACGCCGAAGACUGCGGCGAAUAUGGGUGGGGUGGGAGCUGCGGGUUCUUUGAGUCCGACGAGUUCGAGUCGAACGGCGGUUGGGAGUGGGAGUAUGAACUCGAGGCGGAAGGAUGGGUACGAUCAGACGAGUGUGAUGGAGUUGCAGCCGUCGCCUACACGGAGGGAUUUGCUUUCUCCUUCGCCUACGCGCGAGGCGCCCAACGCUCUCGUUAGGCAACCUUCUCACAUCGGUGUCCACGACCUUUCUACCCAGCCUUAUACACUCCUUCUUGUUACGGCGUACUCUGAGGGUGAAGGCGGUCUUCGCAACACCAUUUCUUCUCUCGCUGAGACUGCUUACUCUGAUGAGCGUAAGCUCAUCUUUAUUGUCUGUGAUGGAUAUGUCACAGGAAAGGGUGAGAAGUUGAGCACCCCCGACAUUGUCUUGAGUAUGAUUGAGCGUGACGACGGCCCUUAUGGAGAGCCUAGCCCUAUGAGUUAUAUCUCCAUCGGACCUGGUGAGAAGGCUGUGAACAAGGCCAAGGUGUAUACUGGGCACUAUACUGCGUCAAAGGGUCAUCGUACGCCGGUUAUCGUGGUUAUCAAGUCUGGUGCUACGCAUAAGGAGGAGACUACGGCUGCGAAGCCCGGAAACCGUGGUAAGCGUGAUGGUCAGCUCAUCUUGAUGAACUUCAUGGCGCGUGUGUUGUAUAAUGAUCGUAUGACUGCUUUGGAUUACGAUUUGUUCAGGAAGUGUCAGUAUUUGAUGAAGACCACCCCGGACAACUUUGAGCUCGUUCUUAUGGUCGAUGCGGAUACGCGUGUUUACCAGGACUCGUUGAAGCUCAUGAGUAAUGCCAUGCAGAACGAUGAUCUUAUCAUGGGGUUGUGUGGUGAGACGCGUAUUGCGAAUAAGACCGAGACCUGGGUUACCAUGAUUCAGGUCUUUGAGUAUUACAUCUCGCAUCACUUGUCGAAGGGGUUCGAGUCGGUGUUUGGUGGUGUCACCUGUUUGCCGGGAUGUUUCUCGAUGUAUCGUCUUAAGGCACCCAAGCUUGAUUUCGAUGGAUCAAGGGUUUAUGUUCCGGUUCUUGCUAAGCCGGAAAUUGUGCAGGAGUAUGGGAUCAAUGAGAGUCAGGUUGUGUCGCUUCACCAGAAGAAUUUGUUGCUUCUUGGUGAGGACCGGUUCUUGACUACGUUGAUGUUGCGCAACUUCCCGCACAGAAAGAUGGUAUUUGUACCGCAGGCUGUUUGUGUCACCGUUGUGCCGCACACGAUGUCUAUGUUGCUGUCGCAGCGUCGUCGUUGGAUUAACUCGACAAUUCACAAUCUGUUUGAGUUGGUGCGUGUUCGGAAUCUUUGUGGCACGUUCUGCUUUUCGAUGCAGUUCGUUGUGUUCACGGAUUUGAUCGGAACGAUUGUGUUGCCUUGCGCUAUUGCUCUUACGAUCUAUCUUCUUGUUCAGAUUGGAAUGAGGCCGCCCCAGGACUUCGCGGAUGCGAUCCCGAUCCUUAUGUUGGGUAUUGUGCUGGGAUUACCCGCUAUUCUCAUCCUGAUCACCACCCGACGUGUUGUUUAUGUCCUGUGGAUGCUUGUCUACAUUCUUGCGCUCCCUAUCUGGAACUUCUUGCUUCCAGUAUACAGCUUGCUCAAGCAGGAUGACUUUAGUUGGGGUAACACGCGUAAAGUUGCUGGCGAGAAGAAGGGUGGAGGGCACGAGGACGUGGUUGGAGAGUCUUUGGCUGCCAGUGUACCGCAAAAGUUGUGGGAGGAGUGGCAGAGGGGAUACUUGCGCAAGGUGAAGCGCGAAAACGACAGGGCUCGCCGCCUUGCCAGUAUGUACGGAACUGUCGGGCCUGCUACCGCUGACGGUUUCAUCAGGCCGCAGAGCAGCGCUCCGGGAUUCAUGCCCAGACCGUCGUCGCCCAUGUACCAGGGUUAUGGCCCUGACGAAACCAUGUCGACUCAUACCUACGACGAGUCGUUCGUGGAGAAGGAUGCAGAUGAUGUGGUUGAGGAGCAGGACGUGUCUUAUUACGAUGAUGAUAUGGAGGAGAGCAUGCUAUCGCCAAAAAGCGAUCUCGGUAUCGAGAACCACGGUAUUUUCGCACCAGAUGCUGGCAUUAGAAGUCCUGGACCAUUGGACCCGAAGCCUAGAGAUUCUUGGUUCCGUUAG